GUUAUCAUGUGGAAGACUGCGGGUCUUCUUUUUACCCUGCUGGGAUGGAGUCAUUACCUACAAGCGCAGAAUUUGCCUAAUAUGAACCGAAUAGUAGGCGGUCAUAUCGCUAGAAUCGAAGACUAUCCGUACAUGGUGCACGUUCUGCACAAUAAUCGCUGCUCAGGAGCAAUUAUUAACAAUAAUACUGUUUUGACAGCUGCUCAUUGUAUCUUCCGUCGAAGUAUAGAUGGAACUGUCAUAGCAGGAGAGACUCUAUUUCAUAAAAAUACCUAUCCUAAAGGGCAUUUGUUUAAAACCGUGUGGGCAAAGAUGCACCCAGAUUAUGACGAUAUAACUAAAGCCAAUGAUAUUGCCAUCGUGAGGAUUGACGGAUUUUUUGAAUAUAGUGAUAAGAUUAAGCCAAUCGAACUUUUGGACGAUGAAGUACCAGCAGGUGAAUUCUGUGCAAUUAGCGGUUGGGGCAAGACAACCCUAGCACGUCCAAAGAAAGGCCCCAAACCAAGUGUAAGUUUCCAAGCAAUUCCACUACGAGCAGCAGAGGUUCCAAUUGUCAGCGACGAAUUAUGCAACAAAAUUUAUGCACGUAGUGUGUUUGCAUACAAAGACACUAAUAUAUGCGCUGGUUACAAAAAAGGUGGUAUUGACACGUGUCUUGGAGACUCGGGUGGACCACUUGUAUACAAGGGCAAGCAAAUUGGUAUCGUAUCAUGGGGCUACGGUUGUGCCGAUGCCAGAUAUCCAGGUGUAUACACAAAAGUACGAAAAUAUCUUGCCUGGAUCGCAGAAACAGCGAGCCAAUAAUACUGACUAAUUAAAUGACAAAAAUUGUUGUUUUUUACUCUGAGGUAGAUUGUAUCAGAGUAAUUUUGUGAAUUUAUUUUAUUUCCGGGCUAA